AUGCCACGUAUUAUAACUCUUUGUAAAAAUUUGGAUGAUAAUAUAGAAGGUGGCCUUGCAGCUGGUUUGAUUACAGAAUUUUGCGGUGGACCAGGUUGUGGGAAAACACAAAUGUGUUUGCAGCUUUGUAUCAAUGUGCAAUUUCCACGGAGAGUUGGCGGUCUUCAGGGCCAAGCUGUGUAUUUGGAUACUAAUCAAGAUUUCAGUCCUAAUCGUUUGCGAGAAAUUGCGUUCUGUGCCGAAAAACGUUUCAUUCGCGCCUUACCCAAAGUUGGGCUUGACUUAGGCACGCAAUGUCCUUUUACUGUUAAUUCAGUAUUGGCAGGAGUGACUUAUAUAUAUUGUAAAAAUCAUAUGGUACUACAAGCUGCUGUAGAGAGUCUACGUGAAAUGCUAAUUAAUCAUAAUGAGAUAAAACUGAUCAUCAUUGAUUCGUUCUCCUUCCCUUUGCGCUUAAUUGAAGAUGUGGCAGAACGUACUGCAAUAGUUUAUAGUUUAUUAUCGCAGCUGCAACAGUUAGCGACAGAGUAUAAAGUGGUAGUUGUUAUAACAAAUGAGUUAACAACGCGUGUUACUGGCAAUGACUGGAACAUAUGUCCUGCAUUAGGCGACAGCCACGAACAUAAAAUUAAUCAGCGCAUCAUUCUCAGUAAAUGUAAUGAAAAAAAUUAUUACGUUGCAUUGAUGGAAAAGUCGAAUAUAGUACCACAAGUAGCAAUACCUUUUGUGAUCAAACAAAAUGGAAUUCGUGAUAUAUCAUAA